UUCCGUAAAAUGAUCAAAAAGAUAUAAUUAUAUUAAUAUAAUUACUUGUCCAAUAAGUAAAAAAUCGCAUCUUCAAAGUUAAACAUCAGAAAUAUCAACUAAUAAGAUUCGAUCUAUCGACCAUAUCUGGCUGAAUGUUUCCCUUUCUGGUUAUCUGAUGACGCUAACAUAAGAUCGUCAAUAAAAGCCAACAGAAUUUUCUUCUGUUCUUAGAGCUUAGUACGGUGUCUAACCAUGAAUAAUACCAUAACACCCUCGUCUAACAGAGGUUUUCUAAUGGCAUCUUAUACAACUAUUGGCUUGCUAGGAGUUCUCGGUAAUUCCUUGGUAUUGUUCGUGUUUCGAAAGUCGAGAAAUCUUAGAAAGUACAAUUCUUCACUAUUCAUCAUCAAUCAGAGCUUAUUGGAUUUAGUUUCAGCUGUCGUUUUGAUAGUAGCGAAAUGGGUGGAAGAAGAGGUUGACGAGAGUAGGGCUCUUAAGAAUGACGUAGCUAAAUGGCUAUUCUGCCAUCUUUGGUUCGGUGAGAUUGCCCUAUGGGGUCUAAUGACUUCUUCAACUUAUAACUUAGUAGUACUAUCUUUGGAGAGAUAUGCCUCCGUAAGACAUCCAAUAACGCAUAAGAGAUACGUUGGUAAAAGAGUUAUUCUAACGGCGGCAAUUACUGUAUGGAUACUUGGAUGGGGAUAUGAGACUAUAUAUCACGGGGCGGUUAAUAAAGUAUUCCCUUCAGGCCAUUGCGGAUCGUUUGCUAAUUGGCCAAAUGACCAAGUAAGGCAGGCUAUUGGAAUUUUCACAUUGGUUUUACAGUUUUUUUUCCCUUUAAUCGUCUUAUCAUUCUCUUAUAUAUCGAUAUGGAAUAUCUUCAGAACUAAAGUAUCGGCUAAUGGCAAUAGGAAUGGGACAACCAUUCAAACCAAGGCGGAGAAAAAUGAAAGAGUGAGAAAAAACACAAUUAAGACAUUUAUGAUUGUUGCGGUAGCUUUCGUUUUAUGUUGGAGUUGGAAUGAAGUUUACUUUUUCAUCUUUAAUUUAGGUUAUCCUCUAAGUCUGGAUUCUUCUUUCUAUCAUUUCACAGUUUUAAUGGUUUUUCUCAAUUGUUGCAUUAAUCCAGUUGUGUAUAUGGUUCGCUACGAAGAAUUUAAGCUUUCUCUAAAACGAUUGUUUAAAAGUAGAAUAGCUCCAGUAAUAACAGAGGAGACUUCAUGCGCUGAUUAAUCGCCAGAUGGCGCAAGAAUUUAACUCAAUUUGUUGUGAUAGAAAGUACAAUAAUCCUUUACUUUUUGAAUACAAAUAAAAAGC